CUUUCAAUUUUGAAGUAGUCGUCAGAGGGGAACAAAUGUUGCAAUAUUUUUAACCCGUAUCGUCAUUUUCUGGAAAAAUAUUGUGUUGUAAUGAAAUCAUAGUAGUGUAUUCUCUUCAUUCUGAUUCAUAGAUGAAAUCGAUUUCAAGAUUCUGUAUUCAAAUUGAAAUUCCGCUUGUUAUAGGGACUGAAGCAUGAACAUUGCCUCUGAUGUCUACCACGCUGUCAUUCGACCUUUCCAGAGUCAGCAGUCUCGAUCAGGAGUAACCAAUCAGCAGUCUGGCGAGUUAGAGAGGGAGGAGGACGGCUUUCUGCUUGUAGCGGAAACAGAGAGCGAGAAAACAACAUUGUAUGCCAGCAACUUUACUGGGGAUUCCCCACCUGAUUAUAACCAGGCACAGAUGCAGCAAACACAGUCUCAGCCCCUUAGCUAUAUGGAAUAUAACAUGCAGUGGAAUGGAAACCAAACUCCUCAGAAUGAGUCGCCCAUGGAUUACAAUACUAUACCAUUGACGAGUCACAGUGAUAUCAGCGGGGUCACCUUUAAGAUUGCCCCUCAGCUGCAGGUCAUGUUUGAUUUGCACGAAUCUGCCUCCUCUCGAGGACACUCCCUCCAACGCCAGGAACGGGAUGGCUCAAGGUUUUGUUAUGACUUCUCACUGGAGGAUAAAGUCCUACGCGAUGCUCAGUUUAUUGCAUCGAUGUAAAAAUCUGUGAUAUAAAUUAACCGUGCUGCUAAUUUUUAAAAUUUUUAUUUGGAGUAGGACAAUAUGGUUUCAAAUGUGAGCGUUAUUUACAUAUCUGUACAUGUAUAACCUAAAUUGUACAUUACAUUUAUAAAAAGUUUCAAGAAGAUUUGCGACUGCCUUGUCAAAGUCUUGACCUGACCUCAUGUUUUGACUGAAUUGUGAAGUAAAUUUGAUUCAGCAUCACA